AUGGAAUACAACUGUGGCAUGACCGAGUAUCAAAUGAACAUUGAUGACGACUUUCGAAUACGGCGCCAGUUUGCCACGUUGCUCUCGCAGCUAGGCUCGGAAAAUCACAAGCUGGGGUCUAAAGAAGAUUUCGAUUUACACGGCUUGUGCUUUAGGUGGGAACUUCUACUGCCCGAUUCAGUCAGCUUGUUGCACUCUCAGCUAAUGCAUAGAAGAGCCUACGAAUGCCAAGUAGCCUUGGCCAUCCUGCGUCCUCUAAAGCCAGAAACACCGUUCCCUGCCGAUGACACCGUCGCCGACCUCCUGUUUGCGCAAUGCGAGCGCAGUAUCGAGGGCAUCGAAGACCACGAUCGCGCUUCUUCUGUUAGGAACGGUUCGCCGAUGAUACUGCACUUCCUUUUCAACAUCGCUGUCACUCUUGCUGGGAUCUUAAGGCACUUAGGGUCGCGGAACCUAUUUGCUAGGACGUGUCGGUUGAUACGAGAUCGCACACAUUACUUCCCGCUUGCGUGGCAAAUAUUACGAGGUCUUUCGAUAAUUGCGAUGAAUGGCGAAGACCAUAUACCCGAGGCUGCAAAAUCAUCGUUCGAGGGGUUAUUGCAGCUGGACGAGAGGUCUCAGAAGGGGUGA